CACAACCACAACCACAACCACCACCAACAAAACUCAUACUUCAUCAGGCCCCGGUCCACCAGAAUCUUAACAAUUCGCUGCAAGAAACCUAACAAUUCGGACGCUUUCAAUGAGAGGAAGCGGGUCCACGUGGACUACGGCAAAGGCAUCUGCGAGGUGUCAACCCAUAUUUCCGGGCUCCGGAAGUCCGACUUGCCGAAACGGCACCGUUUGCGCGUCGAAGGCGACCGGUUCCAGAAGGACUGGACCAUAUCCGAAGUGGUAGAGAGAAUACUUGAGCUCAACCACUGGGAUGACGUCGAGGCUGUCCUCAACCGCUGGGCCGGACGGUUCGCUAGGAAAAACUUCCCGGUUCUAAUAAAGGAAAUAACUCAAAUGGGUUCUAUUGAGCAUAGCAUUCAAGUUUUCAAUUGGAUGAAGAAUCAGAAAAAUUAUUGUGCGCGAAAUGAUAUUUACAAUAUGAUGAUCAGAUUGCAUGCUAGGCAUAAUCGUAUUGAUCAGGCACGUGGCUUGUUUUUUGAGAUGCAAAAGUGGAGGUGCAAGCCAGAUGUUGAAAUCUACAAUGCCCUCAUCAGUGCACAUGGGCAAGCUGGUCAAUGGCGCUGGGCAAUGAACAUCAUGGAAGACAUGCUCCAAGCAGCUAUUCCACCAAGUAGGUCAACUUAUAAUAACUUGAUCAAUGCAUGUGGAUCAAGUGGAAAUUGGAGAGAGGCUCUUAAAGUUUGUAAAAAAAUGACGGACAAUGGCGUUGGGCCUGAUUUAGUGACUCACAACAUCGUGCUAUCUGCAUACAAAACUGGUGCCCAGUAUUUAAAAGCACUGUCUUAUUUUGAGCUAAUGAAGGGUACAAAUGUCCGUCCAGACACUACCACCUUAAAUAUUGUCAUCCAUUGUUUGGUAAAGCUUGGGAGAUAUGAGGAAGCUGUUGAAAUUUUUAAUUCCAUGAGAGGGAAAAGAGUGGGAUGUUCAUGUAACCCUGAUAUUGUGACGUAUACUAGCAUCAUGCAUAUGUAUUCUGUUUGUGGGCAGAUUGAAAACUGCCAAGCUGUUUUUAACACAUUGGUUGCUGAGGGUUUGAAACCUAACAUUGUCUCUUACAAUGCCUUACUUGGAGCAUAUGCUUCACUUGGGAUGAGUAAACAGGCAUCAUCAAUUUUUGAACAAAUGAAACAUAGUGGAAUGCGUCCAGAUGUUGUAUCUUAUACAUCUUUACUUAAUGCCUACGGAAGAUCACAGCAACCGGUCAAAGCCCGCGAAAUAUUUGAUUUGAUGAGAAGAAACAAUUGCAAACCAAAUUUGGUGAGUUACAAUGCGCUGAUUGAUGCAUAUGGAUCAAAUGGUUUUCUAGCUGAAGCUGUAGAUUUGCUGCGAGAAAUGGAGCAAAAGGGUGUACAACCCAAUGUUGUCUCAAUUAGCACCCUGUUGGCUGCAUGUGGCCGAUGCUGUCAUAAGGUGAAAAUUGACUCCAUACUCAAAGCGGCUAAGAUGAGAGGCAUCAAAUUAAACACAAUUGCGUAUAAUUCUGCAAUUGGAAGUUAUAUGAAUAUUGGCGAAUAUGAGAAAGCUUUAAUGUUAUAUAGGUGUAUGAGGGACAAGAAAGUUAAACCUGAUUCUGUUACUUUUAAUGUGUUAAUAAGUGGUAGUUGUAAGAUGUCAAAGUACAAUGAGGCACUCGAAUUGCUCGUUGAGAUGAUGGACCUGAAGAUUCCUUUGUCAAAGGAGGUAUAUUCUUCAGCAAUUUGUGCCUACAGCAAACAGGGUCAACUAGUUGAAGCAGAAUCUAUGUUCAACACGAUGAAAGUGGCUGGUUUUCAUCCUGAUGUUGUUGCAUAUACGACAAUGCUACAUGCAUAUAAUAUUGGUGAGAACUGGGAGAAAGCUUUUGCAGUAUUUCAAGAAAUGGAACUGAACAAUGUCCAGCCAGAUUCAGUUGCUUGUUCUGCACUUAUGAGAGGUUUCAACAAAGGAUCCCAACCGGGCAAAGUCUUGCUUGUUGCACAAUUCAUAAGAGACAAGAAGAUUCCAUUUACGGAUUCAAUUUUCUUUGAAUUGGUUUCAGCCUGCAGCGUGUAAGUUGGGCAUGCUUAAAUUUUGCCCAUGUAGAAUGAAGAUUAAGCUAUUACUGUAG